AUCGAUGCAUUUCCAUCUCCAGCGCGUAGGUUAGGUGAAAAAAAUAAAGAAGACGUUUUGUGCGGAAAAAAAGCGCAUAAAAAUCAUAAUCACCGCAUCAUCUUGGGAGAUAAUUUGAGACGCAGCACAGGCAGAGAGUGCGCGCAAUAUCAGAAUUGCACAAUUUUUCUGCGCCAAGUUUUUUUUUUCGCAUCUUCUGCCAUUUCGGUGUAAAACUGUGCAUCAGUGUGAGUGACUAAGCGCGCGUGUGUGAGUGCCGCCAAUCCAAAAUUGAAGCGGAAAAAUGGAUGUGGCCAAGUUGGAGAAGAUGAAGGUAGUGGACCUUCGAAACGAACUGCAAGCGCGUGGUUUGGAUACCAAAGGAGUUAAAGCGGUGCUUAUCGAACGUUUACGGGCACAUGUGGAUGGCGCUACGGGAACAACCGGUGAGGAUGGCGCUCCAGGCACGCCAAGCCGACGUCAGCGUCGCACUCGUUCCAUGUCCCGUUCUCCUUCGCCAGUUGCUGUAGCUCCAGUCGCCGCUGAGCCCGAAUUGGAGACCCUAGCUGAGGAGGAACAGACGGGACAAGAUACAGAGCCGGAAAAACAGCCAAUAGCAGAAGUUGAGUCGGAGGCUGCAGCAGAUAGCGAAGACGAAGAAGAAGAAGAGACACACCCGGAGGCAAUGGAAACUGAGUCUCAUGACGAUGAAAUUGAACAAAAUCCACAGCCUGAAGCUCCUGUUGAGGCAACAGAGGAAGAGGCAAAGUCCGAUCAGGAUGACGAAGAGGCAGAAGAUGAUGAAGAAGCAGACCAGGAGCAACAGGAUAAAUGCACCAAAGUUGCAGAUCAAGACGAUGAGGUCGAGAAAAAUGAAGAGAAUCAAGCAAAUGGAGAUGGCCAGAAAAUGGAUGUUGAUGAUGAAGGAAAUGCUAUCGAUGCUAAGCAUUCAGAUACCGAGGAUAAAGAAAAGGAAGGUGAACAGGAGGAGAAAGAGAAGGAACGUCGAAAGCGCUCGCAUAGUCGUUCCCGUUCUCGCAGCAGUUCACGAUCAGCCAAACGCCGCAGCGGUGGCGACAGUAAACGUGAAGUCAAACCUCCUGCUGAGGAGCGCACGGUGCCCGAAGAUGAGCCCACCAUUGAUGAGAACAAAGUUGGAUUAAGUUGGUUCGAUUCGGAUUUACAUCUUCGUAUUGAUUCGACCUCAUUUGCUUCGGCCAAACCGUUGAAUUCGGAAAUUUACUCGUUAAUUUGGUCAGGAGCUCGCGCCAAUUAUGGUGUCCGCCAAGGAAAAGUUUGUUUUGAAGUGCGUUUGUCCGAGGAGUCUGUUCCCGAGAAUUCACAUCAUUUCCGCGAUGAAUCGCAUGUGCGCGGCUUCCGCGUGGGUUUUUCUAAGCCACAGUCAACAUUGCUUUUGGGCGAGGCAGAACAUUCCUUUGGCUAUUGCGAAAGUGGACGCAAGGCCAACCAGAGCGAAUUUACAGAUUACGGCAAGCCCUACCAGUUAGAUGAUGUCAUUGGAUGCUAUCUGGAUUUGGAGAGUGAACCAUGCACGAUUAAGUAUACCCUGAAUGGAGAAGAUCUUGGUGUUGCUUUUGAAUUCGAAAAGAGCAUAUUGGGUGAAGAGGAUGCCCUUUAUCCGCACAUACUGACCAAAGGUUAUGAAUAUGCGGUGAAUUUUGAAAAUGCUGAGGAACUGCUUGUAAAUGCCGAGCGGCCAACUCGCAAACGUCGCCGACAACGUAAAGAGGAGGAUAAAGAGGAAGACGAUGGCGGUGAGAAGUGGAAGGUCUUGGAUGAGGCCACAGCUGAUGAUGAUGAAGUUGUCGAGAAAAAGGAAGAUGACGGCAAGACUGAAGAGGAGACUGCAGAUAAAAAGGAUGAAGAAGAUGCUGGCGACAAGGCUGAGAAGAAGGAAGAAGAAGCCGAAUCCAAGGAAGAGAAAGAGGACACUGAAUCAGCUGUUGAGGAAAAAGACGAUAAAGUUGCUGAAGCAUCUGUCGAGUCUGAAGAUAACGCCGAGGCUGAGGCUGUUGCUAAUGGAAACGGUGAAUCCGCAAAGGAAACGUCUGCCGAGGAAAAAUCAUUGGAAGAAAACGAUAAGCCGAAGGAUGAGGACGAAGAUGAUGAUGGUCCUUCGCCCAAUAAACGUCCCAAGACCGAUUCUGAUGAGAAAUCAGUACAAAGUAAAAGCGAAAAACCAGCAGAGGAUCAUUCAGCUGAAGACGAGUACGAAGAUGUUGUUCCUGUACCAAGAGAAACUGUUGCUCUCCUCCCAGACUAUGUCUUAAUUGGCCUUGUGGCCGUCGAGGAACGUAUCCUCGGUCCACAGCGCGCUGAAUCACGCAAGGAAUGUGAAGUAAUUCUAUUGGUUGGUCUGCCUGGUUCGGGAAAAACACACUGGACCCAAAACCAUGUGUCCGAAAAUCCCGCCAAGCGAUAUGAGGUCAUUGGACCUGAUUCUAUCAUAGCCAAAAUGACGAUUGAUGGUGCUUCGCGAAAAACGGUGCACAAGGGCCGUUGGGAUAAGGUGUACGAGAUUUGCUUAAACAGUCUAGGCGGCCUGGAAGAUAUCGCCAUGAAACGGCGUCGUAAUUUCAUACUUGAUCAGACAAAUGCCUAUGCCUCGGCCCAGCGACGUAAAAUGAAGGGUUUUAGCGACUUCAAGCGCAUUGCAGUUGUUUGCAUACCCAGCGAAGAUGAAUUGAAACGUCGCAUCGCCGAUAAAGAGGAAAAGGGAAAUGCUUUUACAGUUAAAGAAUCAACAAUUAAUAAUUUGCGAGCCAACUUCACCUUACCGUCUUUGGAGUUUGGCUGGUUUGAUGACAUAAACUAUACGGAGCUAACUGGCGACGAAGCCAAGGCCGAGGUCAAGAAGUACAAUGAGAAGGGCAAGCGGGCCAUCGAUGCGGACCGAUCACGCGACAAGCGAUCUCGUGGAGGUCGCGAUAACUAUCGUCGCGAUGAUCGUAAUCGCAAUAAUCGCUAUGGUGAUGACCGCCGACGUGAUUAUGGAGGAGGUGGCGGCGGCGGAGGCGGUGGACAACGUCAUGACAGUCGUUGGAACGAUUCCAGACGCGGCGGCGGUGGCUACUCCAGCAAUAGUGGAGGUGGCGGCGGAGGCGGCGGCGGUCGUGGCUAUGACAAUCGCAAUCGUGGCUAUGGUGGUGGCAGCGGCGGUGGUGGUGGCGGCGGCCAACAAAAUUGGAUGCAAAAUAAUCGACGAAGUGGCUAUGAUGAUCGUGGUUAUGGAGGUGGCGGCGGCGGCGGCGCUGGUGGUGGCCGUGGUUAUGAUAAUCGUAACCGUAACUAUGGUGGCAAUGGCGGUGGCGGAGGAGGCAGUGGUGGCCAACAAAAUUGGAUGCAAAACAACCGUCGCAGUGGCUACGAUGACCGUGGUUAUGGCAGCUCUCGGGACUACCGCGAUCGAGACCGUGGUAAUGAUCGCAACAACCGUAUGGGUGGCGGCGGUAGCAGUAACGAUCGAAAUCGGGGCAACAGCCAAAGCAGCUAUCGCUCUGGAGGUGGAGGCCAGCAUCAACAACGGGAUUUUCGGCCUGGCCACCGCGACAUCAAAGAAGAUAGUCGCGGUGGCUAUGAGCGGUCAGCUGCCCAAACCCUGCCCAAAUACGGCAACAAUGCAGCCCAAUCUGCUGGCGGUGGCGGCUACGAUCAACAAUACAAGCAGCAGCAGCAGUCAAGCGGAUCGACUUCAGGUGGCAAGUCUUCGCUUAGUGGCAAAUGGAGCACAUAUGCCCAGCACCAACAACAACAACAAACGCCACAACAUCAACAACAAGCGGGCGUCUGGCAGCAACAACAACAGCCACAACAGUACCAACAACAACAGACCGCAGGCCAGCAACCCUAUUGGGGAUAUAAUCAAAUGCAAGGUUAUGGCAACCAGCAAGCCUGGCAAAAUGCUGAUCCACAACAACAACAACAGUGGAUGUCCUGGUGGCAGCAACAACAGCAACAGCAAGGAGCUGGCGGAGCAGCGGCCAAUAAUGCAAGCGGUGGUGGCAUCACUUCAGGUGCUGGCACUGGCAGUAAUAAUGAUAGUAAUGCCUCCAAUCAUUAUUGGUCUCAAUAUUCAUACUCCUCACAAUCCAAUGCGGGCGCCGAUAAAAAGUAGAUGACAAAACGGGUAACCCCCCACCCAAAGAAAUCAAGAAGAAAACAAAGUAUAACAAAAACAGCAAAAACCACAGCACCACAAUCACAAGGGGAUGCAAAACAACUUCAUUUCAACACACAAAAAUACACAGAAGUACACUUAAAAAUGUUAGUUUUUAAACGACAAACACACAACCCGAGAAAAACGUAAAUUUAGUUUAGCCAGUUUUAAGCAUCUGUGGGCACAUCGCCCCUUCCUACCAGCGGCGAAAGUGAACAGAGAAACUAUAUUUGUAACCUUUAACCAACCAACCAUUCUUGCGAGAAACAAUUUAAAAGAAAGUUAUAUUCAUUUAUAAUUUAAAAUUGUACAUUUUUUCUUUCGAUUUUUCGAUCUGAGUGGAUAUUGAGAGAUGCCCAUUCAAAAGAAAAUCGAAACCAAUCAACAACCAACAAGCAAUUGAAUAAACUUUGCUUUUACUGA